AUGAGUGGAGAUAUAAAAACCAACUUUGCGGCUGACUUCCUUAUGGGAGGUGUUUCUGCGGCCAUAUCAAAAACAGUAGUUGCUCCAAUAGAGAGAGUUAAAAUGCUUAUUCAAACACAAGAUUCAAUACCAGAAAUAAAAUCGGGUCAAGUUGAAAGAUAUUCAGGAUUAAUAAACUGCUUUAAAAGAGUAUCACAAGAACAAGGAGUUAUGUCAUUCUGGAGAGGAAAUACAGCUAACAUUAUUCGUUAUUUCCCAACUCAAGCUUUUAAUUUUGCCUUUAAAGAUUAUUUUAAAAAUAUUUUUCCCAGAUAUGAUCAGAAUACAGAGUUCACCAAGUUUUUUUGUGUUAAUAUUUUAUCAGGUGCAACAGCAGGUGCUAUAUCGCUCUUAAUUGUAUACCCAUUAGAUUUCGCAAGAACAAGAUUAGCAUCAGAUAUAGGAAAAGGAAAAGACAGACAAUUUACUGGAUUAUUUGAUUGUUUAACAAAAAUAUAUAAACAAACCGGUUUAUUGUCACUGUAUAGUGGUUUUGGUGUUUCUGUCACAGGUAUAAUUGUGUAUAGAGGUUCAUAUUUUGGAUUAUAUGAUAGUGCCAAGGCCCUUUUAUUUAAUAAUGAUAAAAAUACACAUAUAGUUUUGAAAUGGGCUGUUGCCCAAUCAGUUACUAUAUUAGCUGGCCUCAUUUCAUAUCCGUUUGAUACGGUUAGAAGAAGAAUGAUGAUGAUGUCAGGAAGAAAAGCAAAAGAAGAAAUUCAAUAUAAAAACACUAUUGACUGUUGGUUUAAAAUAUUGAAAAAUGAAGGACUUGCGGGAUUUUUUAAGGGAGCUUGGGCCAAUGUCAUUAGAGGGGCUGGAGGAGCUCUUGUCCUUGUUUUUUACGAUGAAUUGCAAAAGUUAUUAUAA